UGUAUAAUGAAAAUGAGUAGGCUCAAGGUUGUAAUAAGAACAAGAGGGGGAAAUAUAAGAUGCUAAUAAAAGACAAGAAUCUGUAUAAAAAGAACAAUCAAAAUCGAGUUCCUGCUUGUCCAUAGAGAAAUUUGUGCCAUGUAAUAAAUUAUCAGUUAUCUAUCACUUCUCAGCUGAUGUGAGAUUGUUGAAUUGAGUUUCGAAUGAUCAAUGAUAUAUCCUAACCUAAGUUGUGUUCAUGUUCAAGUUGUUGGCAAUAAGCGACCGCCAGUGGCAUUUUAUUCAUCUUUACAUUUGAACAGUUCAUUAUUUUCGAGUAAUCUCUUCUAUUAAUCUUUAAUGUUUAUGACACAGUAAUGCUUGAUAGGUUCCGAUACACUCACAGUGUUGUGAAACAUUUUCCCACUGUAAUCUCAAAACUAAAACCUAGUGUGUUUUCAGAGUCAAACACCAAAUUAAUUUCUAAUUCUGGUUUAGCUGCUAUUUCCAUUAAUUCUAGUGUUAACUCACAAACCAUGGUGAAAUAUUUAAAUCAGGAAGAAGCCAUUAAUGUGGACUUGGAGUUGUUCAAUGAGUACAAAUUUAGUGUUGAUCAACUAAUGGAGCUAGCUGGUUUGAGUUGUGCUACUGCUAUAUUCCAUUGUUACAAGUCUAAACCACGAAAGAAUGUGUUAAUUUGUUGUGGACCGGGAAAUAAUGGGGGAGACGGACUUGUUUGUGCAAGACACUUGAAAUUGUUUGGCUUCAAUCCUGCUGUUUAUUAUCCAAAACGUACAGAUAAGGAACUAUACCACAAUCUAACAUAUCAAUGUACUAAUAUGAAUAUUACUUUCCUGGACGUACUUCCAAAUGAAAAAGAUAUAAACUCCAAUUAUGAUGUAGUUGUCGACGCUGUGUUUGGAUUUAGUUUUCGGCCACCUGUUCGACCAGAAUUUGAAAAGCUUCUGGAUACUCUUAACAAAAUUUCUAUAAGUCUUUGCAGUAUCGAUAUUCCUAGUGGGUGGCAUGUAGAAACAGGACCGCCAGCUAAUGGACUUAAACCUGAGCUCUUGAUAUCUCUCACUGCCCCUAAGAAGUGUGCAGAAUUCUUCCAAGGAAAGUAUCACUAUUUGGGGGGGCGAUUUGUGCCUCCUAAACUUGGUGAGAAGUAUGACUUGCGACUUCCGGAAUAUCCAGGAACUGAAUGUGUUGUAGAAUUAAAGCGAUAGGUCUCAAAUGAUCAAUUAUUAUAAAAUAUUUGUGUAAAAAAGUGUAACAUAAGCUUUUAGCCUUUUGAAACAUAAUGUUUAUAUGAGAAUUUAUGUAACAUUGACCUAGCCUUUGUCUGUAUACAUCAAUAAUAUGUAUGGUUAGGCUAACAAAUUUUUUAACAUGGAGUUUCUAUUUUAAAAUACAACUUGUUUUUUCAAAUUAAAAAAGCGUAAUGUUUUCUGUGCCUUGAUUAGCCUAUGUUAGUCAGAGAAAUUUAUUUUUUACAAUUUUCAAAGCUUUAGCCAGAAUUAGAGCUAUAAGUACAUUUUGCUACAAUUAGCAUGGAAUGUUAUAUUUAAAAAAAUAAAAUGUAAACUUAUAUUAACUAAUAAACUUAGAUAAUAGUCUACUAUAGAUCAUAAUUCAUCAAGGCAUUGAUGACAACUAGCCUACUAUAAUAUUGUAUACUGAGUACAUUAAUAAGAAAAACAAAAACUAAGCUUUUAAAACAAGCCAGGUAUAAUUAAAAUAGAAAAAAUAUGUUAGGCUAAUUAUGAAUUAACUUUACUUGGAAGUACAAAAAUGAAUUAAUGAA